AUGGGACUGCUAUAUCGGUCUCGCUCGGGAGCCAACUAUGUCAGAUACCCAUUCCUCAGCGGGCGCUUCACUGCCCGAUGUUUCCCAUCCACGAAACCCCAAAAGACGACGGGCGCGCCACAACAAAUCCCGCAAGGGUUGUUACACUUGCAAGCUACGCCGGGUCAAGGUUUGUCUAAUUGCCAUGCAGAGACUUCUAGCUCCGAUGUUGACCGAACUCAGUGUGAUGAAGUAAGGCCGGUUUGUGGCGCCUGUUCUUUUCGCGAUGAACCAUGUUCCUUUCCGCCACCAGAUGAGCAGACAUACAAAUCCAGUGCCUUCUCAUCACUCAAUGAACGGCAAUAUAGGGCAGUCACUACGGCCGUUAGACCUACACAUACCGCUGGUGUCUGA